AUGGAGUCACACCCCAGCGUUGUAACUAAUAAUUGUCCAAGAAAACGCAAGAGAAACACGGAAAAUUGGAUACGAAACCAGGCUAAGAAAGUGAGGUAUUCGCAAAAGUCGUUACCGAAAAAAGUGUGCACCCAUAACUCAAAGGCACUGCAAUGUGAUACAUUGGCGAUGACCCAGCUCAGAAAAAUGAAUGAAAAAUUUUACAGUUUUAAAAACAAGAAAGACCAAGAUGCCAUGAUCUUGAAAUUUUGUAAUAUUGAACCUGUACAUCACAGACCAGAUAUAUUAAAGGAUAUAUUGGGAGAAACUUCCACAUUGGUGAAGAUAGGGAGAGACUGUCCAAUUUAUAACUGGAGAGACGCCGUCAAAUCAGGUGUGAGGCCCACUACUACGUGGCACAUGGCAUUUAAAGAAUGCAAACGAUUCAUUCUUAGACGCACAAAAGCAACGAGCAAUGUUGUGGUACGAGGAGAAUUGCAUUACAAAAGUGAUAUAGCAACAGCUCAAAACAUUUGUCAACGUAAUAAAGACGUGUCUCAUAUAAGGCCUCAGCAACUGCCCAGUAUAGUGCCCGUAAAUAAAGAUAAACUAUCAGACGUUAAAAAGUUGCUCCUAAAACAUUUCGGCCCUGAGUGGGAAAACAUGCCAAAUUUAUUUUUUUAUAAAAAUGUUUUUGAGACGCAGCAAGCUCUCGUUGCACCUCAAAUCGAAGAAAAUUACUGCCAAGAAUUAAUGGACGAGGUGCAAGAUCUUCGCGUGUAA